CUCCAGAGUCUCCUUUUUCCCCUUCACAUUUAUUGUUCUCUUUGGAAUCCUUGUCAGGGAAUUGAAUGGUUGGAAAGCUACAGACCAAAUAAUAGUCUGCGAGUCUCCUCCUGCUGCUGCUGCAGCUGUUUCUGCAACCACUGUCUCUGUUUCUGCUCCUAACCUUCUUGGGUUUUUUUUUUUUAUUCCUAAUCUUUUCUAUUCACUCUUAUUAUUAUUAUUUAUUAUUAUUAUUAUUAUUAUUAUUAUUAUGUUGAACCCUACUUUAAUUGCCUUGAAUCUGACCAAGAUGGGCUAAUCCUGUUCUGGGUUUGUGGUUUAUUUCAUUCACCUCCCUUUAGGAAGCCCAUUUCUGGCUUUCUGAUUCUUUUCCUCCCCAUCUGGCCUGCAUUUUCUCUUUUGGGUCUUCUGAUUUUUGUCUGCUCUUGGGGUGGGGGUUUAUUAUCAAGGAUUUGUUAUGCUGUUCUUGUGUGAGACUCUUUCAUAUGGUUUAGAAAAAAAGAAAAAAAAGAAAAAGAUUACUUUUUAGGUGGUUGUUGGUGUGUGUAACAUUUACUAUAUUGUGAGAAGUAGCUCUUAGGAAUUGAUAGAGAGACAGGGAGGAGUUUGUGUGGGUGUGCGAGGAGAGUGACUGUAGAGCUAGAUAGAGAGAGAUAGAGAAGAGUAAAGUGUGCGACAAAUAGAGUUUGAGUGAGAUAGAGUGUUGUUGCUUUUAUGGAUUGGGAUCUAAGGAUGCCCCCCUGGGACUUGGCUGACGUGCUGAACCACAACCCCCAGCCGCCGCCCGGAUUCGGCGGCUCGGGCGGCAGCCGCACCGACUGCUCCGUCGACCUGAAGCUCGGCGGGGGGUCGGGGGAUCUCGGGCCAGCCCAUCAUCACAAAUUCCAAUCCAAGGCCUCUGUUUCCGCCGCAAUGGCGCCGCCGCCGCCGCCCUCUUCUUCCUCCUCCGGCCCGCCGAAGAGGCCUCGGACGCACGGCAGUGGCGGCCCGACCCCUUCCUGCUUGGUCGACGGCUGCAAAGCCGAUUUGAGCAAGUGUCGGGAGUAUCACCGCCGGCAUAAGGUUUGCGAGGCCCAUUCGAAGACUCCGGUGGUGCUGGUCGGCGGCCAGGAGCAGAGGUUUUGCCAACAGUGCAGCAGAUUUCACUUGCUUGUGGAAUUUGAUGAGGUCAAAAGAAGCUGCAGGAAAAGGCUUGAUGGGCACAACAGGCGUCGAAGGAAGCCACAGCUGGAUCAUGUAAACUCUGGGGGCUUCUUUGUGAAUCACCAAGGGACAAGAUUAUCAUCAUACCCUCAGAUUUUUCCAACUGUUAGAUCCGAGCCGAACUGGACCGGGCUCAUGAAAUCCGAAAACAAUACUUCCUUUUGCGUGAAUAUGAAUCGGCAGCCUCUACACCUUAGUGAGAAUUACAACAGAGAAAGACGGCAGUUCCCUUUCCUGCAAGAACUCGGCCUGGCCCCCUUCAAGACCGUCACUCCCCCCGAGAGCAGCAAGAUGUUCUCCGAUUGUGCUCUCUCUCUUCUGUCAUCGUCGCCCGCUCAGCAACCGUCGGAUGCCAUCAAUAGCACCGCGCAGAUCGUACGACAGCCGGAUCACGACCAGAUCCCGAUCGGCCAGCCUCUCCUGUCGAGCAGCCCGCUGUACGGCGUCCCGCACCGGUUUCCGUGCUCGCAGGUGCCGGAUGGCGUGUCGGCGGCCGGGUAUUCGUGCCCGGCCGUGGCGAACGAGGCCGAGAUCCACUACGAGGGCAUGUUCCACUGCGGGAGCGAGGGACUGCCCUCCUACGGGGCCUCCCAAACACUCCCCUUUUCAUGGCAGUAGUUUGGAUUUAGUGUUUUUGUUCGUGAUUUUCUCUUUAGCUCAGUUCCUCCUCCUGCUACUCUGUUAAAAUGUCGAAAACUUGCGGAUUAUGCGGCGAUAAAAAGUGUUUCUUUUCCUCCUGAUCAUCUGUUGAAGACAGUGGGCAAGUAACUGUAGCGGCUAAAUUGUUACUAAUAUUUCAAACAGUGUGUAUCAGUUAAUUUUUCGUAACAAUGUACGGCAGCUGAUUCAGUUAUCACAUCAUCUGCAGUCUCGAACAGGUCUA